AUGGAAUGUGUCCGCAACGAGGCGCUGAGGAGCGACAUGACAUUUAUCAAAACUACCAACAUAGGUAGCUGCAACAUCGUCCUGGCAUCGCCACUAUCAGACGAGUUGGACCCAGAUUGUUCGAGACCAAAGGAACCUCCUCACAGAUUUUUCAAUUUAAGCAUAACUCAAGUCGAAAUUGUAGACAGCACCAUAUCAGCACAAGAUAUAAAAGUCGAACCAAAUAUAGACACAGUUAAUAUAGAAAGUCUCAUAAGCAAUACAGAUUUGAAAGUAGAAAAUGAAAAUAAUGAUGAAGUAAAGAUAAAUAAUGAUACAGAUGAAGAAUUCGUUGUUGUAAAACAUGUUAAAGAUAUUAAAAGAAGGAAGAGGAAAGUUGGUAUUACAUUAAGGAAAAAGAAAGAAAUAGAAAUUGAAUUUGAUAAUGAUGAAAUAGAUAUCAGUACUGUUAGUAGUGAAGAAGAUUAUAAAUGUACAGAGAAAAAGAAAAAAGGAAAGGAAAGAAAGACUGCUGCGGUUAAGAAGGAUACAAUAGAAUUGAAUACUGAUAAAAAUAAACUAGUAAAAGAAGUGGUAAGAAAAAGUAAGAAAAAAGUGACCAAGAAUACAUCGGAUGAUUCUGCUAUUGAGAGUGCUUAUUCUGUACAAAUUGUACAUUUGAGCAAGGAGGAGCAGCUGGAAGAGAUCGCAUCGCGCAAAAAGUCCCGGAACUACUUGGAGUCCCGGUUCCGGUGCGAGGACUGCGGGAAAGGCUUCGAUUCGGAGUCGGCCUUCAAUAACCAUCUAGUUCGGCACAGCCCCAGCUCCGGUGUGCUCGUAUGUGAGAUUUGCGCGAUGCGCUUCAACGUGAAGUGCCGUCACCAAAAGCACCAGGAGUCCCACCGACUCAAGUUCAUUUGCAAGUUCGGAGAAAACUGCAAAUUUGUCUCUCGGGACAGGGCGCAUGCAAAAAAUCAUCACGCCAUGCACGCGGGCAAGACUUUUGAAUGUCAACACUGCGGAAAGACCUUCAAUAAAAGCACGACGUACCUGACGCACGUGCGGCUGUCGCACCCCGCCAUGAACGUGGCAUGCGACGUGUGCGGCGAGACGUUCGUCAGCCAGAAGGGGGCGCUGCUGCACAAGAACAGGAUGCAUCCCGAGAAUGCGAAACCUCAAAAAUAUAAAUGCCCUAUAUGCUCAGCCACCUUCCUAAGUGUCUCUGCGCUGAACACACACACAGACACGGCCGGCGAGCACGGAGACCUGCGGCCGUGCGAGCAGUGCGGCGAGAACUGUGCGAGCGAGGACGCGCUAAAUAAGCACGUGAAAGAGGCACAUCCGACUGAGACGCAUCGGUGUGAAGAGUGCAACAUGAUAUUCCGCACUGCCGCAUCAUACGACACGCACCACCGCCGCAAGCACCUCAACCAGCAGAGCCGGCGGCCGCGGCACUCGGCGCGCAAGAAGUACGCCGGCAAGCCGCGCCGCCCGGGGCAGUUCGUGUGCGAGCAGUGCGGCCGGAUCAAACCGAACGCAGCCUUGCUGCGGUACCAUCAGCGCAUACACGAAGGCGUGAAACCAUUCGCCUGCGAGCACUGCCCCAAGGCCUUCACGUUGAAGUCCUCGCUAGUUUGGCACACGCGGACGCACACAGGCGAGAAACCAUACCAAUGCGCCGAAUGUCCACGCGCCUUCAGCUCCAAAGCCAAUUUCAACAGACACCACAAAACAGUCCACCUAGGGAUCCGCGGCCACUUCCCGUGCUCGGUGUGCGGGCGCGUGUUCACGACGCGCUCGGACGCGCGCGUCCACACCGGCGCCGUGCACCGCGGCCUGCCCUGGCCCAAGCGGGACCGCUCCAGGAAGAUCAAGAAACACGUAGAUGACUUAGAUAAUAAAUGA